AUGCCGAGCCCUUCAAUCGCAAGCUCCCCUUCAAGUCCCUGCUACUUCUCCAAAACCUGCGGUGGCUCUCACCCUUACACCGAGCUCAUCCCACCUUGCAGCAACCGAUCAUCGUCUUCUUCGUGUAGGGUUGGAUCCCCCUCUAAGCCUUCGAGGGUCGUACAGUUUGCUCUUGCCCAGGAGAACAAGUACAACAAGGACUAUCAUCAUAAUCAUCAACAUAGCCCUCAUCAUAGUCCUUAUUACAAAGGACUCAUUGACUAUUCCCUUGACAUAUCUCGCAGUUCGAGUCCUCAGAAUACCGAAACCCAUCAUGCAACAACAAGUCCAAGUCCAAUUCCAAGUCCAAGUAUCAGUUGGAUCUCUCUUUCUUCGUCUUUCAUUGUUAAAGUCAUGCAAGAGAUGAGUAUUGCUUCUUGCUUUCACUUUACGACCAAAAGAGAGCAUCACCACCAUCAUCAACACCAACACAACAAGACCAAGAAGCCGCCCAUGCCUGUAACUCCAUCCUCUCCAUCGUUCAUGUCAACCAAGAGUACUUCGUCUACGACGACAACAAGUAGUACAACAACAACAACAACAACAACGUCUAGGACUACUUCAGAGAAAGAGUUGAAAAUGGAAAUGAAAAAGGGCAGCAAAAAGAGUAUUAAUGAAGAUACAAAAUUGGUUACUGGCAAAGAGAAGCCAUUGAGGGAGAGUUUAUCGGACACAACAGCUGCCACGGAAGCUGCUGUGAUUCCAACAUCAUCAUUAUCAUCAUCAUCAUUCACACUAGAAGAGGAACACAAAGACAAAGCAAACCAGGAGGAGGAGAUGAUGAAUGAUAACAAUAAUAGUAGUAAUAAUAAUGCCUCUGUGGAAAAUCAGUACUUCUUUACAUGGGCAAAGAAGUAUCAGCCCAAGGUUUUGGAAGAUUUCAUUUGCAAUCGAGACAAAGCGUCUCAGCUGCUGGCUCUGACUAGAGAAGGAGAAUGUGGUCAUUUUAUAUUCGAAGGGCCAGCAGGCGUGGGGAAGAGAACCAUGAUCUGGGCGAUGCUUCGAGAGGCCUUUGGACCUGAGACCAUACAGGCCUGCAGGGAGGAAUGCAAGGCAUUUAGCUUGAAGGGUGAAGUGGUAGGAAAAAUAGAAGUACAUGUAAAAGAAUCACCCCAGCAUGUGGAAGUGAAUCUUUCAGAGUUGAAAGGGUAUGAAAAGCAUGUCAUUCUGGAACUCAUAAAGGAUAAUUCUAACUGGAUAGCCGACAAAGCCUUGCCCAGUAGCCUUGACAAUUGCCGAGCAAUAAUAUUAUAUGAGGCAGACAAACUGUCAACAGAUGCUUUACUGUAUAUAAAGUGGCUGCUGGAGAGGUAUAAAGGCUGUAAUAAGGUCUUCUUCUGCUGCACCGAUGUCUCUAAACUUCAGCCUAUCAAAUCCCUUUGCACUGUCGUCAACCUUCUGCCUCCUUCAAGGAACGAGGUUGUUGAAGUUUUGGAAUUCAUAGCGAAGCAAGAAGGCAUAGAAUUGCAGAAUAACUUGGCAGAAAAGAUUGCUGACAAAUCUAAAAACAAUCUUCGCCAAGCCAUUCGAUCGUUUGAGGCCACCUGGCUGAAAAGUUAUCCAUUUGCAGAAGAUCAAGUCGUUUUGACCGGUUGGGAAGAUGACAUUGCAAAUAUCGCUAAGAAUAUGGUCAAAGAGCAAAGCCCAAAACAGCUAUACACUAUCCGAGGAAAGCUUCAAAAUUUUUCAGAGCAUGAUGUGUCUCCUGAUUUUAUUUUCAAGUCCUUGGUAGAAGAACUGAAGAAACAUUUGGAUGACGAGUUGAAAGCACGAGUUGAUCUUCUGUAUUCCGAAUACAUUAUAAAGGAGGCAAAUGUGUUCGAGAGUGACAAUGCUGGCCCUUCACAAAAUCGACAUUAUCAUCUAAAUGACACAACAAAGAAAUUCUUGAGGAUUGAAGAGUUUAUAGCAAAAUUCAUGAGCUACUAUAAGGGCGUGGUAAAAAUUAUGGAACGCGAUAAUGCAACAUAA